UUCCAAUAUCUUUUCACCUUUUCACAAUAGAGGCUCAUCGCACAUAUCAUAGAGACAGUCUUCAAGAUGCCAACAGCAGUAGUGACAGGCGCCAACUCCGGCAUUGGCAAUGUGCUCGCGAGGAUCCUAGUGAAGGAGGGCUACAAAGUCAUAGCCGCAGACAUCGACAUUGGCACGCCCAUCACCGAACUCGGCUGUGGGACCUCAAAAUUAGACAUCUCAUCACGAGAAGAUAUCGAUGCCUUCAAAGGAAAAGUCAGCGAUCGACCAAUCGAUUUACUCUUGAACAUCGUCGGCAUCAUGUACCCGCACGACUCCGACACCCACACCAAAGUAACCCUAACCAACUUUCAAAAACCUUCGCAGUCAACACUUUCGGCCCGCUGCUUUUAAUGUAAGCCCUCCUCUCCAACAUCCAGCGCGCCCAAAACCCGCGCAUCACAGUGAUGUCCUCUUGUGUCGGUUCCAUAGCCGACAACAGCACGGGCGGGAUGUACUCCACCGCAGCUCCAAACCAGCCGUGAACAUGCUCUUUGCGAACCUCGCUAUUGACUUGAAAGACAAGAACGUCGCCGUGAUUUUGUUGCAUCCGGGGAUUGUGGAGAGCAAUCUAGAUCAGAAGUGGAAGGAUGGUGGCAACGAGGAUGUUAAGGGCGCGGUUGAGCCGGAUGUUGCGGCGAGUGAUCUUUGGAGGGUACUGAUGGUCAAGAGGAUUGAGAGUACGGGGAAGUUCUUUCAUAGGAGUGGGGAGGAGUUGCCUUGGUGAUUCGGAUGUGGAGAGGAUGGAGUUGGAGUGUAACAUUGCUAGUUCAGGUGUG